AUGAAGGGUCUUGUUCCUUUCGUCCUCAUCGCCCUCUUCCUGGGCCGAUUCGAGGUCAAUGCCGCGCCCAUGCAGACCAUGGCGCUCGCUCCUGAGGGAUACGGCUCGCCACCCCCUACGCCAGCCGUGCCGGACUACAACUCGGGUCUGACCAACAACGGCUCGCCGGGCUCGUUCCCAGGCAGCGUGACCUCGCCCAGCCCCAAGAGCAACUCUGGUGCCGACAAGCCCGAGUCGUACGCCAACGACCAGCCUGCACCUGCCCAGAACUCGGGCAAGGACGCUGCUGGUAAGGACGACGACUGCGAGGACGACAAGAAGCAGCCUGAGCCCUCGCCUCCGCCGCCUGCUCCUAAGGCUGGCGAUGCGAGCAAGGACGCUGCUUCGCCUCCUGCGGAUGUUGCUCCCCAGGCGGGCAGCACCGGCAAGACCGACGAGGACUGCGACGAGGACAAGACCGACUCGAGCGACAAGUCGAACAAGUCGGACAAGUCUGACAACAGCAAGUCGAGCAAGUCUAACAAGUCUGACAAGUCGGACAAGACUGACAAGUCCAAGGGUGGUGAAGCCGACGAGGACUGUGACGACGAGAAGCCGCAGAACUCGGGUGGCAGCAGCACCACCACCACCACGAGCCACUCGUCCAAGUCGUCGCACUCGAGCCACAGCAGCAACUCGAGCACCACCACCACUACCACCACCAUCAACGGUCAGCCCAACAACUCGGGCUCCUCCAAGUCCACCAAGUCGGACAACGCCAACAACAGCGACAAGAACGCUGGCAAGACCGACGAAAACUGCGACGAAGAGGACAAGACCGACAAGAACGACAAGUCCAACUCGGCCGAUGACAGCAACACCAACUCGUACGAUGCUGGCAAGGCUGACGAUGCCGACUCGACUCCCAAGGCCGACAACUCCAGCACCACCCCCGCUGCUCCCGCUACUGCUGGUGCUGACGAGGACUGCGAGGAGGGCAAGGACAAGUCGACCAACAGCAGCGCCAACGCCGACAACUCCAACGCUGACACCACCACCAGCGACGUGCCCAAGGCGAUCAACUCGGGCAGCGCCCCUUCGGCUCCUGCCGACGAGGACUGCGACGAGGACAAGUCGCAGCCCGCUCCCUCGCCUGCUCCUCAGGGCAUCAACUCGGGCAACGCUCCCUCCACUCCCUCGCCUUCCGAUGAGGAGGACUGCGAGGAGGACAAGCCUGCUGCCUCGCCCGCUCCCAAGUCGAUCAACUCCGGUAGCACCGCCUCUGCUCCCGCCGAGGAGGACUGUGAGGACGACAAGGCUUCGCCCGCUCCCAAGUCGAUCAACUCUGGCAGCACCGCCUCUGCUCCCGCCGAGGAGGACUGCGAGGAGGACAAGUCUUCGCCCGCACCCAAGUCGAUCAACUCUGGCAGCUCGACUGAGGACGAGGGUGACUCUGCUCCCGAAGCUCCCGCGUCUGACUACGCGGAUGCUGCUCCUGCUCCCGAGGACGAUGAGGACUGCGACGAGGACGAGGACGCCUCCAACUCUGGCUCGCCCAAGUCUUCGCCUGCCGCUCCCGAGGACGAGGAGUGUGACGAGGAAGAAACCCCCGCCAACUCGCCUGCUCCCAAGCCCAAGGGCAACAAGAGCAACAAGAGCGACAAGGACUGUUCCAACUCUGCUUCGGGCAACGAGGACGAGGACUGCGACGAGGAUGAGGACUCGUCCAACUCGCCUGCUUCCAAGCCCAAGGGCAACAAGACCCAGGCCUCCUCGAACUCUGCUUCGGGCAACGACGACGAGGAGUGUGACGAGGACGAGGACUCGACCAACUCGCCUGCCACCAAGCCCGUGCCUGAGGAGGAGGAGGAGCAGCCCGAGGGUUACGGUCCUGAGAGCAACAGCUCCAACUCGCCUUCGACCCCCGCAGGUCCUGGAUGCGGCGUUCCCGCUAGCUUCGAGCAGCUCGUCAAGGUGUUUGUUCCCCCCGCGUGCGCUUCGCAGGGCAUCUCGUCGGGUCAGUCGAUCACUUCCGGUGGUGCUAGCGCCUCGUCCGCUGGCACUUCGGGCCCCGGUGUGACUUCGGGCGGCCCUAGCGCUGCCGGUGCUUCUGGCCCCGCUGGUAUCUCGUCUGGUGGUACCAGCGCAGCCUCUGGUCCUGCUGGCAUCUCGUCGGGUGGACCCAGUGCUGGCUCGUCGCCCGAGUCGUACAGCGACAACUCUGCCUCGGCCAAGUCGAUCAGCUCUGGUGGCGCAAGUGCCCCUUCGAUCACCUCGGGCGGUGCCAGCGCCGGUUCGAUCACCUCGGGUGGUCCCAGCGCCAACUCGGGCUCUUCCAUUCCCGGUGUUCCCUCGACUCUGGGUGGUGACGAGACGUGCCCUGCCCAGUCGCGCGCGGUUCUCGAAUUCGCCCCUUGCGACUUUGCAUCGCUCCUCGGCCGUAUGCAGGUCACCCACGAGCAGCUGGCGAUCUUUGAGGCGGGCCUGGCGGGUCUCAUUGCCGCCCGCACCGCCACUUACACCGUGGACAACAAGCGCAUCACACCCGACCAACUCGGCGCCCCCAUCGACGCGGGUAUCCGUGACGCGCUCAACCGCGCCAGCUCCAACUCGACUGCCUCUGCUACUCCGGCUCCCUUGCUUGCAGGUGCAAGCAGGUUCACUUACCGCCGUCGAAGCAUCCUCCCCUAA